AGAUCCAGAAGGUGGAACGCAUGCUUUCCCGACAUGCAAUGCGAAGAAAGCGAAGAUGGCGGCGGCCUCGGCUCGCUGGCUGAGAGUCCGCUGCAGGUUUUGCCUGCCGCUGACGGCUCGGUGGACAGGUGCAUGUGAACCGGCCCCUAGUUGCAGGUUUUAUUCUGGAAGUGCAGCCCUCCCAAAGGUUGAGGGAACUGAUAUAACAGGGAUUGAAGAAGUGGUCAUUCCAAAAAGGAAAACUUGGGAUAAAGUGGCCGUUCUGCAGGCUCUUGCAUCCACAGUAAACAGGGAUACCACAGCUGUCCCUUAUGCAUUUCAAGAUGAUCCUUACCUCAUACCAACCUCCUCUGUGGAAUCGCGUUCAUUUUUAUUGGCAAAGAAGUCUGGGGAGAAUGCAGCAAAGUUUAUUAUUAAUUCACAUCCCAAAUAUUUUCAGAAAGACAUAGCUGAACCUCACAUACCGUGUUUGAUGCCUGAGUGCUUUGAGCCUCAGCUUGAAGAUGUAAGUGAAGCUGCCCUAAAGGAGCGAAUCAAGCUCAGAAAAGUCAAAGCUUCGGUGGACAUGUUUGAUCAGCUCUUGCAAGCAGGAACUACUGUAUCUUUGGAAACAACUAAUAGUCUCUUGGAUUUACUGUGUUACUAUGGUGACCAAGAGCCCUCUGCUUAUUAUAAUUUUCAACAAAAGGAAAAAUCAGAAGAGUUGGAAGAAGCCACAGAGGAAAAUACCGAGAAAUCUAAGAAAAGGGCUGGCCAUCAGUUUGGAGUUACUUGGAGAGCAAAAAACAAUGCUGAGAGAAUCUUCGCCUUAAUGCCAGAGAAAAAUGCACAUUCCUACUGCACAAUGAUUCGAGGAAUGGUGAAGCACCGAGCUCCUGUGCAGGCACUAAACUUGUAUGCCGAAUUAUUAAACAACAGACUCCAUGCCGAUGUAAACACCUUCAAUUCAUUGAUUGAAGCAACAGCAGUGAUGAAUGAGAAAUUUGAUGAGAAGUGGAAUAAUAUGUUGGAGCUGUUGAAACAAAUGGUUGCACAGAAGGUGAAACCAAAUCUACAGACUUUUAAUACCAUUCUGAAAUGUCUUCGAAGAUUUUAUGCAUUUGGAAAAUCGCCAGCCUUGCAGACCUUACGUGAAAUGAAAGCCAUUGGAAUAGAACCCUCACUUGCAACAUAUCACUAUAUUAUUCAGCUCUUUUAUCAACAUGAAAACCCUCCGAAAGGCUCCUCCCUCGUGAUCUAUGACAUCAUGAACGAAAUCGUGGGGAAGAAGUUCUCGCCACAGGACCCGGAUGAUGAUAUGUUUUUUCAGUCAGCCAUGAAAGUUUGCUCCUUUCUCAAAGAUCUAGAACUUGCUUACCAAGUACAUGGCCUUUUAAACACUGGAGACAACCGGAAAUUCAUUGGACCCGAUCAUCGACGAAACUUCUAUUAUUCCAAGUUCUUCAAUUUGCUGUGUCUCAUGGAACAAAUUGAUGUCACCUUGCAGUGGUAUAAGGACCUGGUACCUUCCGUCUUCUUCCCCCAUUCCCAGGCACUGAUGGAUCUGCUCCAAGCACUGGAUGUGGCCAACAGGCUGGACAUGGUUCCUCAGGUUUGGAAAGAUAGUAAAGAAUAUGGUCACGCUUUCCGCAGCGACCUGAAAGAGGAGAUUCUGAUGCUGAUGGCCAGGGAUCCACAGCCAGCAGAGCUCCAGGAGGCGUUCGCUGACUGUGCCGCGGACAUCAAGUCUACUUUUGAAAGUCAGGAUGCCAGGCAGAUGGCCCCGCAAUGGCCAGCCAGCGCUCUCAACUGCACAGCUGUCCUCUUCCUCCGGGCCGGGAGGACCCAGGACGCCUGGAAAAUGCUGGGGCUGUUCAGGAAGCAUAAUAAGAUCCCUCGAAGCGAGCUGCUGAAUGAGUUUAUGGACAGUGCGAAAGCAUCCAACAGCCCUGCCCAGGCCAUUGAGAUAGUGCAGCUGGCGAGUGCCUUCAGCUUGCCUGUUUGUGAGGGCCUCACCCAGAGAGUGAUGGCUGACUUUGCACUCAGCCAGGAGCAAAAGGAAGCCCUGGGACACCUGCCUGCCUGUGACAGCGAUAGUGACAGCAGCAGUGACAGCGACAGUGACAUCAGUGGAGGCAAAUAAAAGUGGGCCAGUCAGGAAGCUGUGGCCUAGCAUGGGAUGUCAACAUUUAACCAGGAUAUGAAAUAAACCAGGAUAUAGGUUUGGUGAACUUUGAAAUACAGUUGCUACAACACUAACCUAUUUGAAGGUUAUAGUCCUCAUUUGAUACCAUUCAAGGUUAUGGUUUAAACAGAAGCAGCAGCAGUGCUACCAUUUUCAGUUCUUUGGAUCCACAUUGUGAGGUGCAUAGUUCCUGAUCGCAGCAUCUCUGCACCCCUGUGGGGCCUGCCUGCCGACCUCACACUGCUUCAUUGGUGUGGUUCAUUUGCCUGUUCUGAACUUGAGCUUCUGUCAGCUGAUGCUGUGACUCUGGUAUUUCCUUAUAUUAGAGGUGUCUAAAGGAGGUCUGCCUACAAUUACAUCACUUUUGCUACUAGGUUAAUAAUAUCCCAAUUUCAGGGAUAUUUAUGUGAGGGGAACUGUACAUCUUAGAAUUGAUUAAAUGACAAUGGCAAGAGUUUAGGCUGCACAGCUGGGAAAAUGAAGGCUGUAAAUAAAUAACCAAUGUCCAUGUGUAUAUGUUUCCAUCAUCCUAUCCUAUCUAAUAAAGAGAAACAUGGUAAUUAACGUA